GUCGGCUGAGUUAGGCCGACGGCUCGAGACGCUAUUGGUGGGAGUAGUAAAGCAGCUAGGACACGUCCGUAGUAGAUCGGAGCUUUCCAUGUGUUCCCUUGAUCUUGAUUCUUGAUGAUCCACCCUGAUACCCGAAAACCCACUCCGAUCUUCAGAACCCUCUAUCUAUAUAACCUCCAUUAUCGUCCUCUCUGUUUCCUUCUCUCCUUCUCUCUCUCUCUCUCUCUGAGAUCACUGGAAGCUUCAGCAGAAUUCCUCAUCAUCCGCCAUGGCUUCCCAAGCGAGCCUUCUUCUUCAGAAGCAGCUCAAAGAUCUUUGUAAGAAUCCGGUUGAGGGGUUUUCUGCUGGGUUGGUUGACGAGAACAAUAUAUUCGAGUGGAGCGUCAAGAUUAUCGGACCUCCUGACACACUCUAUGAAGGGGGAUUCUUCAGUGCCAUAAUGACCUUCCCGCAAAACUACCCCAUUUACCCGCCGACCAUGAGGUUUACCUCGGAGAUUUGGCAUCCUAAUGUUUACACAGAUGGGCUUGUUUGCAUAUCUAUUCUCAAUCCUCCCGGUGAGGAUCCAAGCGGAUACGAGCUUGCAGGCGAGCGAUGGAUGCCUGUCCACACGGUUGAGAGUAUUGUCCUAAGCAUCAUAUCAAUGCUCUCCAGUCCUAACGAUGAAUCUCCGGCAAACCUUGAAGCUGCUAUAGAAUGGAGAGACCAGAGAGACGAGUUCAAGAAGAAAAUCAGACGAUGUAUCAGAAAAUCUCAAGAAAUGCUAUGAUCACCGAGGCUUCUUCACUUCCGGGUUCCAAGUUCUCGGGAGUUCCAAGUUCAUUUGUCCUGUAUGAAAAUAAACCCCCUUCAAACAGUCCAUCAUCAUUCCAAAACACAGCAAUCCCAUCCCAAUACCAGUGUGGUGUACAAAUGUUGUUCUUUAGAAACCAAACUUCAGAGAUGUUGUCAUAAGCGGCUUCCUGGGUGAAAAGCUUUGUUUUUUCUCAAGAACCAUCUCAUGAUUCUCAUCAAGGAAUUGUUUUUUGUUCAUGUGAUU